UUGCUCCAGUAGACCAUAGUUCUGUGCAAGAGUCGGCAUACUGUUUGACAAAUUCUGAUUAAAAGAGGCGAAAUGAACCUUUGACUAGAGGUUCAUUUCUAAUCAACAAAAGAAGAAGAAUAUAGACUGAAGAUUUGAAAACUGUUGGUAUUAUUAGGGACAAAAGGACACAUCGUAAAGGAUAUCACGAAUUCCUUGGAUUGUUCUGCCUUCUGGGAUUUCCUAUUUCCCUCCUUUUGAUCUAGAAAGGAGGUGCGACAUCUGCAAAGAUGAAGUACAACUACCCAACACCGGUGACCACCUACACACGAAGUUCACAGUACACACCAGUGUACCACUCACCUUCCUACUACAGCCCCUCGCAUUUCACGACGACAUCCACGUAUGCUGCUGUAUCAAAGUACACCCCAACGACACAGAGUAGCACUUAUUACUCCCCGUCACUUUACACGUCCACCUACAAAGCUGCAUCGACGUAUGUCCCUUCAUACAGCAAGGUUUCAAGGUAUACCUCAACUCGCCGCACUCAAGCGAAGGAAUGCCCUGCACCUGUAAUACCGGUGGCACCUGCAAAGAGGACUGUGCACUUCCCCAAUGACAUCAUCUUCCUGGACAUCGUCAGGCGAGGGGAUCUGGAGCAAAUCGGACGCUUCAUGAGAGCAAGGAAGGUCCGCGUGGACACACUGUUCCACUCUGGUAUGGCUGCUCUGCAUGAAGCCGUGCUAUCGGGAAACCUGGAGGUGGUGAAGAUCCUGAUUAAAUACGGCGCUGAUGUCCACCAGAGAGACGAGGACGGCUGGACACCACUGCACAUGGCCUGCAGUGACGGCUACCCAGAAAUUGCCAGGUAUCUCCUGUCAAUGGGAGCAAGCACAGAAGCGGAGAAUGAAAGCGGACAAAAACCUGCAGACCUCAUUGACCCAGACUGCAAAGAUCUGGCUAAACUGUUUGAGACAGGCUGUGUGUGAGAGCAAGUGGACCCGAGGGAGAGAGAAGGCUUAAAUGUUGUAAAAAUAAAAUGAGUAGCAACACCAAUGAAGCAUUUUUCUGCGGCUUGUGCAAUACCUUUGAUCUUGGAAAGCAACAUUUUCAGAAGUGCAAAUCGUCUCUGAAGGUUAUUCAGUUUUUUAAAAUGUCAUCUUAUAUAACACAAACUUUAUUGCAGUUGAGUAUUUUCUCUUAGUUCAUUGUAAAACUAUGACAUAUUUUGAAUAACUCUCAUAUCGGAGCUGUAAAUAAGAUUGUGUGGCUGUCUGUUAUGUGAUUCAGUACGUGUCCUUUAACCUAAAUGUCUUUCCUUAUAAAUUCUAAUUCAAAAUUAAUAAUGUGUUUAUGUUUGAAGAAAUGCUGAGUUUUUCUGUUACAAUCUUUUAUCACUUGUAUAUGUGCUAUAUUUCUAUAUAGCUUGAUGUAAGCUGUAAACUGUUGGCUCUCAAGUCAUGGCUAAAUCUACACAAGAAUCUGGACUUAUAAAGUGUUUUGUACAAUGUUGUGCAUCCUCACUGCUGGGCAGAAAGAGGAUCAAUCAGAUUGGUACAACCUACUUGUAUGUUGUUCAGAAAGCUUAAAAAUACAGGUCUUGUUUUGUGAAAGCUCUUGCACCUCCACAGCAUUUUGAGAAAUGUAUUUCACUGAUAUUUGUUGUAAAAAGACAGAAUAUUUUAAG